AUGUCUACCGACCUGGACCUUUCCGGCUUACUACAUACGCUCAGGGAAUACGACAAUACCCCGAAACACCCCAGCGACGUCAACAGAUUCCGAUUCGCCCCAGAUGCUAUAGCCAUGGGCAGUCUUCAAGGAAGGCUCUUUACUCAGGUAUUCGGCGGUGAAUGCGUCAAGGGCCCGGACGGCCGACGGAACACCUCUUUUAUCGCUUUCGACUUCAAGCGAGAACAGCUAGUGUUCAAGGUGACCACCAGGUUAGACUUUCGAAGAACCCCUCCAGUACUCCACCCUAUUGACGCAGAGCUGUCUUUCAACGACAUCACCCAACGGGGUAUACACAUUACCAAGCGGGCUCUCCCAAGCGCCAUGAGAAACCCGGAUUUGCUGGAGGUUACGGUCACGGUCGGUUGUCGGCGGCCCCCCAGGUUCUAUGUGCAUUUGGACCGGUCCAGGAGGAGGGCGACGGUGAUGGAUUUCAUGAUAUCGGGUGCGGUUGAGCGGGAAGCUGGCUCCAUAUCUACGAUUCCAGAGGGACAUUGCGCUUAUCCUACAUUUUGCAAUACAUAUCGCUGGAUCUUUCGCAUGGACAGACAACAAUAUGCGAAGAUUACAGCGUGCGUGCAAAAGAUCCGAGCACUCGCCCUUGCCGACCCCGAGAUGGACCUUAUGUCUCUUUCAAGUGAGAAUGCGAGAUGGUCGGUGCGUAUCUUGGGUGAUCACGAGUUCCAGCAGUUGUAUACCCCGCCCGACUUGUCGAGACUCCCAUUCUCUACGAGGACUUUGCUGGAGGGUUUAAUCGGAUAUGGCGUGCUUCCGCCGGUGGAUACGCCCAACAUGAUUGAGACUUUGAGGAAAGCUUCGCCGGCGACGCCGUUCCAUAACAGGAUUCUGGAGGCUUUGUUCAAUCAAGAUAGAAUCAGGGAUGUUAAAGCGCUCAUUCCUAAGCUUGCUGCCUUUCUGCGUCGACGACCGCCUUCCAAUCAAACCCAUCUCGUUCUCAUACGCACCGCGCUCGUUACUCCUAUGCGUGUUCUCGUCGGACCGCCGCAAUACGAAUCGUCCAACAGCGUGACUAGAAAGUACUCGGACAAGCUUGAUGGUAUCAUACGAGUACAAUUCAGCGACGAGGAUGAUCGUUUAUAUGUUGCUGGUGCUUUGAAAGACGCCGACAAUGCGAAUCCUGCUGUCGGACUUAUGGCUCGGGUUCGUCGUGCGCUUCAGCAUGGUCUUAUCAUCGGGGGAGAAACAUUCUAUCCUGUCGCGUCGUCGUCUUCUCAGCAGAGAGAUCAUUGUAUGUGGUUCAUCAACACUCGUAUGAUUGAUGGUCUGAGCCUACGUAAUUGGAUGGGGACUGUACUCGAGACCGUCGUCGCGAAGCACGCCGCGCGAAUGGGUUUGCCCUUCUCUACAAGCCGUAUCGUCAAUAUGAAGAUCGACUUCGGCGAAAAGCUCGCAGAUGUCAAGAGAAACGGGAGGAAUUUUACGGAUGGCGUGGGACUUGCGGGAAGGAAUGUGUUGCAUGAAGCUGCGCUGGCGCUGGGCGAGAAGAAGGGUAUCGACUCUUAUCCUUCCGUGAUUCAAUUUCGUCUCGGCGGUGCCAAGGGCGUUCUAGCGGAUUGGCCCGAGCUUGUCCGCAAAGAUGAUAUACGCCUUCGCCCCUCUCUUAUCAAGUUCACCUCCGACCUCGCCGACCUCAACGUUAUCCGCGUCGCAAAGUAUCAAGUCGCUUUCUUGAACCGACAGUUCAUCAAUAUCAUGUGCGCGAAUGGUGUAUCGCAAGAGCUCAUUAUCAGGAUCUUUAAGGACGUUGUGGCAGAUAUCAACGGGUUCAGAGAUCGAGUGAGGGAUGGCAAGAUGACAAAGACGGAUGAACAGCUUGGGCAAAUGUGUGAUAAUUUCCCCUUCAUGCAACUCGUCCGCUCCGGCUUCAACACCAACCCCCUCAUCCUCGACAUCGCCGCCAUCUUGGAGUGCAGGGCUCUGCAAGACCUCAAAUGGCGUGCGCGUGUAAAGCUACCGGGCGGAGUGUUCUUGAUCGGUAUCGCAGAUGAGACGGGUACUCUCCGGGAGGGCGAGGUGUUUUGUCAGUAUCAGGAGAACGACGGGACGCCGCCAAAGAUUGUUACAGAUGAGGUCUUGAUUUGUCGAGCGCCUGCUCUACACCCCGGCGAUGUUCGACGCGUAUGGGCGGUAGACGCACCAGAAUUACGGCACCUCAAGAAUGACAUCGUCUUUAGCAUUCACGGCGAACGUGAUCUCCCAUCCAUGCUUGGCGGCGGCGACCUUGACGGCGAUGACUAUACUCUCAUUUGGGAUCAGCGUUUCGUCCGACCGCUCUCAAUGUAUGCCCCCAUGGAGUAUGAAGCGCCAGAUCCGAUCAGAGAGAGAGAGGUGACGCAGAGGCAUCUGAAUGAGAACUUUGUUCAAUAUAUCCUUAACGACGUUCUUGGUCAGGUCGAUAACUGCCAUCUUGCGCUGUCGGACAGACACACCCCUUUCGAUAAACGAUGCCUACAACUAUCCGAAAUCCACUCUCUGAUCUUUUGUAGUGUCGACUUUGCCAAAACUGGACAAGCUGCUACCCUCCACCUACACCUUCGUCCCGCUCAAUGGCCCGACUUUAUGGACAAAGGCGGGAGCGUGGUCAGCUAUACAAGCCACAAUAUACUCGGCAAGAUCUUCCGAUUGGUACAAGCCGAUCCCCACUUCCGUCCCAGCGAUCUCGAGCGCAUGGGCUAUCCGUCCGACCCUCGCAUCACAAAAUACCCCUUGAAUAAUGGUCUUCUAGAGCGACUCAAGGUACUCAAGGCCUGCUAUGAAAGAGAUGUACAGUACGAUAUGAGGCGAUAUCGAGUCUUUGAGCCUGAAAUACCAGCUGGCAUCGCGAUUCGGAACAAUAAAAGGAGAAGAGUCCGUGAUGAGAAUGUCAACGAACCUUUGCGAGAAGCCUUCUCCUUUGGGGUCGAGAACGUGCGCGACGGCGCUGCCAACAUCCUCCGCGACUUUACAUUCGAAAGCACGACUCUCACCCCUAUGCAGACAAUCGUUCGUCACUGCUAUGCCUUGACUUUCGAGGAGAGGUUUGUGAGGCAGUGGGAACAACAGCAUCGGCAGGGACAUUGGGGGGUAGAAAUGUUGGAUGAUGACGACGAAGAGAUGCUCAGGCCCAAACCGUUAAUGUCUUUCGCCUUUUGUUUCUGGCAAGAGCUCAUACAGAUUGUGAGCGAGUCGGGCUUUGAAGUUUGA